AUGGCCACAUCAAGUAAAAGGCUAUUUCUUAGCCAAAGGAAAUAUAUCCUCGAUCUUCUCACGGAAUCAAACAUGAAGGAUGCCAAGCCAGUUCAAACUCCCCUUGAUAGCAAGCUCAAGCUCAACUUGGAAGGCAAACCUCUACCUAAUAUCGGUUACUACCAACGACUUGUUGGUAAGUUCAUUUAUUUAACUAUCACAAGACCAGAUAUUACAUUUGCAGUGAGCUUAGCUAGUCAAUUCAUGCAUGCACCUACAAUAGAACAUUUCAACCUCGUUAAGAGAGUACUUCGAUAUCUCAAAGGAUCAAUUGGAAGAGGAAUUCUCAUGAAGAGGAAUGAUAACACUCAAGUUGUUGGUUACUGUGAUGUUGAUUGGGCAGGAAACCAAAUAGAUCAAAAGUCCACCUCAGGUUAUUGCACAUUUGUGGGAGGAAAUCUGGUAACAUGGAAGAGUAAGAAGCAAAGUGUCAUUGCAAGAUCAAGUGCAAAAGCUGAGUAUAGAUCGAUGACAUCACAUCAUGUGAAUUAA